GCGAUCGGGCAGCCCCAAGCGGCGCAACAGCGACUGCGCCCGACGGCAGCGAUCGAGAAGGGCAGCCCACAAGAGCCCACAAGCAGCCAGACAACGAUGGCCGCCACGACGGCCGCCGCCGACGCCGCCGCGGCGCGCACCGCCGCGCUGCAGAAGCUCCAAGCUCGCUCCGCGAAGCGGAAAGAAGAUCAAGAAGCCCUCCGGAAGAAGCUCAUGCUCAAGUUGUACCUCGAGGGCCUAAAGACCAAGCUCAAGGCCAAGGGCCGCGAAUCGACAAAGACGGAGGCGCCCGCCACCACACCGCAGCAGUCACAGCACAGCCAGGAGGAGCUCACAAUUCGUGGAGACGGGACGCGCGAAUCCGCAAGGGCGUGCGCCGACGUGUUACGACGGCACGGCUGCGCCUGUUUGCAGACAAGCUUGGACAGCGCCAAGAUCGAGCGCUGCCGCGUGCUAUGCGAAGAAGCUCUAGAAACCACGCUGAAAGAUGCUGAUGAAAGAGGCCUAGACCGAACGGGCCUCAAGACCAAGGAAAUCGUCUCGCGGCAGGCGCUGAGGUUCGACCUCGUGCGGGGCAUAGCCGACACCGAACCCUUCUCUGCGUUAGCCAAGGGCGGGCCCUGGUGUUCUACAGUAAGACAAGCGCUCGGCGUGGACAUGAAGUUAAUAAAGUCGGGGUGUGUGGUGGCCAUGCCCGGGUGUCCGCGCCAACCUGUCCAUCCCGACGGCAAGCACCUGUUUGACGAAGGAGACCAUUUACCGCCGCACUGCAUUACGGUCUUCGUGCCUUUGGUGGAUAUGUCCGGCGAUCUGGGACCGACGGAGUUUUACCCCGGCACUCAUCGACGCGACUGCCCUCCCCAAGAAUACCGGGCCUGCGAGACCGGGGAUUGUGAGGGCGUGGCGUUCACUUCCGCGAAAGCGGGCGACGCGGUCAUGUUCGACUACCGCGUUUUGCAUAGAGGCGGCGCCAAUUCCAGUACGAGACAGCGGCCCUUACUGUACUUCACGUACGCGCGCUCGUGGUUCACCGACGCGACGAACUACUCCGCCGUGUCGCUCGACGACUAAGUAGUAUGUUAUUUUU